GAACAUCCAGCUGGUCACGCUGAUUUGCCGUAACUUACAAAAAAAAAGCACGAUUUAGCGCGUGCAGCUUGAAAUUUCAUAUAUUUUCACUACAUAGAAAUGGGCAACGUGCUAGCGGCAUCAUCUGGUCCGAGUGGCGGCGUUGGCGCCGGCGGCCUGGGCCUGGGACUGCCCGAACCGGCGCCCCUGCCCGCCGAAUCUGCCUCCCCCGCCACCGGAGGCGGCAGCAGCAGCACCUCCUCCCUGGCGGAUUUCGGUGCGGCGGCCAAGGAUACGCAGCUGGAGAAUCCCGGAACCGUCGAGGAGUUGCACAAGAAGUGCAAAGACAUACAGGCCGUCACUUUUGAGGGCGCCAAAAUCAUGCUGAACAAGGGCCUGAGCAACCACUUCCAGGUGUCGCACUCCAUCAACAUGAGCAAUACGGUGCCCAGCGGGUACCGGUUCUGUGCCACCUAUGUGGGCACCAAGCAGUACGGCCCCACAGAGGCCUUUCCCGUUCUCCUUGGCGACAUUGAUCCGUCGGGCAAUUUGAACACCAAUGUCAUUCAUCAGUUUACGCCGCGUGUGCGCUGCAAGUUUGCCGCCCAGAUCCAGGACUCCAAAAUGGCUGCCACGCAAAUAUCGACCGAUUAUCGUGGCAACGACUUCACCGCCUCGUUGACAGUGGCCAAUCCCAGCAUAUUCACCAACUCCGGUGUGAUCGUUGGCCAAUAUCUGCAGUCAGUCACUCCAGCCCUCGCCCUGGGUGCCGAGCUGGCCUAUCAGUUCGGCCCAAAUGUUCCCGGCCGUCAAAUUGCCCUUGUUUCCGCCGUCGGCCGCUAUACGGUCGGCAACUCGGUGUGGUCGGGAACAUUGGGGCAGAGUGGUCUGCAUGCGUGCUACUAUCAGAAGGCCAGCGAGCAGCUGCAGAUCGGUGUGGAGGUGGAGACCAGUCUGCGCAUGCAGGAGUCAGUGGCCACGUUGUCCUAUCAGAUUGAUCUGCCUAAGGCCGAUCUUGUCUUUAAGGGCGCAAUCGAUUCCAACUGGCUCAUUUCUGGUGUCCUGGAGAAGCGUCUGAAUCCAUUGCCAUUUACAUUCGCCCUAAGCGGACGCAUAAAUCACGUUAAGAACAACUUCAGACUUGGCUGCGGGCUGAUAAUCGGCUAGAGGCCGUCACAGUGCAGCCACAGACCACCUCCCCUCAACACACACACAUACACACCUGCACACAUCCAUCCUAUAUUUUUUUUCAUUCGCAAACCACAAGAACAAUGAGAUAUACAUAUAUAAAUCA